UCUAAUUUGCCCAUGCAACAGAAACGAUGUAUUAUUUAAUUCUGAGAGCUAGUGCAUAGCUUAGAGAUGUGGAAAUGAUAUGAGUAUGGUGGUUGAAUUAUUGUUGUCUUUGGUGACAAUUUUCACUUCAGUGAAAGGGUCCUGUAUCAAGGGAUGUGUGUGCAAUGAACAACCUCUAACGGUGUUCUGUAAUGAAGGCGAUAUGGAAACCAUUCCAAUGAAUGUACCUGCUUAUGCGCAGGAAGUCAGCUUUGCGGGAAACAAGAUCAAGACCAUCAAUUCCAGAAUUUUUUACAAAGGUCUCCGCAUCACAAAGUUGGACCUGUCUUCCAACGCUUUGACUGACAUUGCAGAUGACGCAUUUCUUAACGUCAGACAUACAUUGAAUACAUUAAAUUUGCGAGGAAACCAGCUUACAGAUGUUCCAAAAAGAUCGCUGUCUUAUUUACCGUUGCUACAUAACUUUUUUCUAGCUAACAACAAUAUAGAAAGACUUUUACCCAGAACGUUUGAAAGUAUGGUUAACUUGAGACAUCUGGAUCUAAGUGGAAAUUGGUUGGAACAAUUUUCUCAGAACGCAUUUGUUGGGUUACAUCAACUCACUCAUCUCAAUUUAUCUGGCAACAACAUUGCUGCGCUUUCAGCAUCAUCAUUACGAAAUCUAAAUUCCGUCAUUGUUUUGGAUCUUUCAGAUAACAACAUCGCAAAAAUACACCAAAAUGCACUGACACAUACUUCUUUCCUGGAGAUUUUAAAUAUUUCUAGAAAUAAACUCGAAGAAAUCCAAAUAGGACAUUCGGGUGAAACGGGACGCUUGUUAAUUUUGGAUUUAUCAAUGAACAAGUUUUCGAGCAUUCCUACAGGUAGUUUAUCAGGAAUGAAGCAACUCGACGAAUUAUAUUUACAAAAGAACAAAAUUAGGAAUAUAGAAAAAGGUGCAUUUGAAAGCAUGACUAAACUGAAGACACUCAUUCUUUCAAAAAACGUUUUUGCAAGCAUACCUGAAUCAGCUGCCUGGAAAGGUUUGAAAUCUUUGCAGAAAAUUUCGUUGGCUGGUAAUGUAAUACAUUCGCUGAAUGACGAUUUAUUUGGAACAAAACACAAACCUGAUAAUUCUGAAAUGCAAGCGAUAACAAAUAUCGACCUGAGCAAAAACAAUAUUUCGGAAAUAGGUUCCGAUGUUUUUAGUGCAAUGGUAGUACUUCAAACUCUCAACUUGGAGAGAAAUUAUAUUACAAGGAUUCCAGGAGACGCAUUUUCUUUCAAUCCCAUAUUAGAAGAGCUGUAUCUUGGUUCAAACCAUUUGCAGAUGCCAAACUUCUCUUGGUUCGCAUCUGCAAUUCAUCCUUCUUCACAAAAAUUAACCAAUUUUUCAUCUUUUCUGCAAAAUAAUCCCUGGACGUGCAACUGUAAACUAUACCAGGAAAGUACUGACUUUUUCAACUUUGAAAACGCUAAAGAAAAGAAAUUGCCAUCACUAGAUGGUGUGAUAUGUUUUGAACCAACGUGGCUCAGAGGCCGGUCUUUUUCUUGGUACAUUAGGUCGAACAAAGACCAUUGUGACCGAACAUUAUUAAUUAUGUUAAGGACACUUUUGCCAUUGCUUACAUUUCUUUUGAUAAUAUUUUUAUUCAUCAAAAAAAUGCCACAAUUUAAAUUGUUUAGAACCUUGCCUUCGGAGCAAGUUCGGCCGAAAAGAAUUCGGUUAGAUUCUUACAAAAGAGAUAAAAUUCUUUAACGAACAUUCAGCUUGUACAUUGCUAUAGAAUUUUUCUCAUAUCGUUAAUGUAUAAUGACUCAUUUAUCGUUAAACAAUCCCCUGUGUAAAAACCAACUGAUAUAGGGCGGCAUAUAUCUGUAAGGAUCGAAUAAAGAUAAAGAGCAGUAAA